AUGCCCUGUUUGUCCGUUCACGGGGAAAGUAAACAACGGCAACCUCACUCGUGGUAUUUUAAACAGACAUUUUAUGGAGAAUCCAGAACACGACAGACGGUUUUGGGAAGAGAAUUAAGAGUCCAGUGCGCUUGUCGCAUCUGUACAUCUCAAGACGUGGAUAUAUUUUUAAAGCACAUGAACAACGCUCGAUACCUCCGCGAGUUAGAUUUCGCACGAUUCCACUACUACGAUAGAUCGGGAAUCUACGGGGAAGUGAGUCGCAGAGGUGGAGGCGCAGUUCAAGGUGCAUCAUCGACUCGUUAUCGACGAGCGCUGCCUAUUUUUACACCUUACAAAGUGACAACACAGUUGAUUUACUGGGACGAGAAAAACUUCUACCUCGAACACGAGUUCAUCAGUCUGUCAGACAAUUUCGUCCGCGCAGUCGUCCUCAGCAAGCAGACGGUCACCGGGUUAAAGGUCCCCGUGUCGGAGGUGAUCGCUAAGGUCGAGCCCUCUGCCCAGAGGCCGGAGAUGUCCAACGAGCUCAAGUUAUGGCUUGACUCCAUGGAGGAAUCCUCACAGAAAUUGAAAAAACGCAGCUAA